ACUACAGAACUUGUACUUUGCACAUUAAAACUCAGAAGUUUAUAACUCGGAGGUGUUGCGGGCGCAGGUCCAUAGAAGACAACUAGCUGGGUAAUCCAACACCAACGAAAGUGUUUAGGAGAGCAAUAUGAUUGGGUUACCUUUGAAGAUGGAUUGAAGCUAGCCAAAGAGAACGACAAACCUAUGAUGUUGGUCAUUCACAAGACUUGGUGUGGAGCAUGUAAAGCAUUAAAACCCAAGUUUGCUGCCAGUGAAGAAAUACUUAAAUUAAGCAGCGACUUUGUGAUGGUCAACGUAGAGGAUGACGAGGAACCUGAAGGGUCUCAAUUUCAACCCGACGGUGGAUACAUUCCUCGUAUACUCUUUCUAAACUCAGACGGCGUAGUUCAAAGUGACCUAAUCAACACGUUAGGAAAUCCCCAAUACAAGUACUUCUAUUCAAAUGCUCUAAUGGUGACUGAAGCAAUGAAAUCUGCAGUCAAAGCACUGGGAGGAAGCAGAAAUGAUGAGUUGUGACAUGGAUCUCUAGUUUAAACUAUUUAUCAAGCAAUAAUGGCAGGUGCCCACUC